AUGAAAUUAUACUCUCCUGACCGUACCAGUCCCAUAUGGUCGGCGACCGGAUUUAAGGACAAUACUCAGAAUGUCUUCGUCUCGAAGGAAUACUUGGUAUUUCAUUGUCAUCCGCCGGAAGAAUAUGUGGAUCUAUGGCCAACAAAUCCUUCAUCCUUCAGAGAGCUUUGUAGCUCUGAGUACAGUGAAGCUGCUAGAAGGGCAGAAAUAACACCACUUGAGGCCAUAUUUGAGGGCUUGGACAUGGAAAGGGAGUCUACAGACCAAAUAUUGGACAAACAUGGACAGAAAGUGUCUAUGAACUACUAUCCACCUUGUGAAAAGUCAAAUCUUGGGCAUACUUUUGGAAUGCGUGGUCAUACUGAUACCACUUUAGUCACAAUUCACCGGCAGAUGAUCAGGGAAGAAGACUUGCCUGGUGUGUUGCUGUUGGAGGCGAAGCUGUUGGUGAUGGUGCGUCUGUUUGAUCGGGUGGCGCCUCGGCGAUGA